CACCCAAUGAACGUGUGCUCGUGGCGUCUUCUCCCCUGCUGCCACCGCAUUGCUACAAAGUUUACAGUAGCUACAUUUGAAUGCUACCGGCGGAGUUCUGAAUUUACAACAUUGUUACAGCGCCCUCGAAGUUUUUUUUGUAACAUUUAGUGCGUCUUCAUGGUAAAAUAAACCGGUGUGUGUGUCCUGGAGACGAUGAGACUCAGUGGCCCGCAUGGAAACACAGAGCUCAGCUUUCCCUCUGCUGUCGUUGUGUUAGUCCGGGGUUUUUGUGUUUCUAGUUGUGGUUGUUGACUCGCUAUCAACAGCACGAGUGUUGCUCCCACGUUACAUGUGGAGCAUGUGCUCUCUGUUAUUUUAGGUUAUAUACAGGGUUGCGUUACACAGCUGCAGUGGAUUUUGUUUUGUUUUUUUGACUUAAAGAUGGUGGUGGCAGUGUAAACUACGCAGAGUUUAGAUUUUAGUGUGAAAGCUGCUCCUCUGGUAGGCUAAUAACGGACGAGUUUGACGAUCUUUGUGGGGGAAACGUAAACACAUAUCACAUUGACUCCAAAGAACAAUGCCUAUUAGGCGUUUUGGGGGUCACAAGUCUCUGGUCUCUCUCUCUCCAAAGCUGUCGUAUGGUUACAGGAAAAUGAAUAUUUCAAGAACUGGCUACCGUGUUUUUUCUGCCAACUCCACCACCGCCUGCACCGAGCUAGCCAAGAAGAUCACAGAACGCUUGGGUGUGGAGUUGGGAAAGUCAGUGGUUUAUCAGGAGUCAAAUAAAGAGACUAGAGUGGAUGUGAAAGAGUCUGUCCGUGGACAAGACAUCUUUAUCAUUCAGACCAUUCCCAGAGAUGUCAACACGGCCAUCAUGGAGCUGCUGGUUAUGGCAUAUGCCCUGAAAACGUCCUGUGCCAAGAACAUCAUCGGGGUCAUUCCCUACUUUCCUUACAGCAAGCAGUGCAAGAUGAGGAAGAGAGGAUCCAUCGUCUGCAAGCUGCUAGCUUCCAUGUUAGCUAAAGCUGGGCUAACGCACAUCAUCACCGUGGACCUCCACCAGAAAGAAAUCCAAGGCUUCUUCAGCUUCCCUGUUGACAACCUGAGAGCUUCCCCCUUCCUCAUCCAGUACAUCCAGGAGGAGAUCCCUGACUACAGGAAUGCCGUCAUUGUUGCAAAGUCCCCUUCAGCUGCUAAGAGAGCUCAGUCCUACGCUGAGAGACUGCGACUCGGGCUGGCAGUGAUGCACGGAGAGGCCCAUCAAUCAGAGUCAGAUAUGGCUGAUGGUCGCCACUCUCCCCCAUUGUCCCGCACCACCACAGGACACACCGGCCUGGAACUGCCAUUGAUGAUGGCGAAGGAGAAGCCACCUAUCACUGUUGUUGGAGAUGUUGGAGGCAGAAUCGCUAUCAUUGUUGAUGACAUCAUAGAUGAUGUAGAGGACUUUGUUGCAACAGCAGAAAUCUUGAAGGAGAGGGGAGCCUACAAGAUCUACAUCAUGGCUACACAUGGCCUACUGUCUGCAGACGCCCCAAGACUAAUCGAGGAGUCUGCCAUUGAUGAGGUGGUUGUGACCAACACUGUGCCUCAUGAGGUGCAGAAGCUGCAGUGUCCAAAAAUCAAAACUGUGGAUGUCAGUAUGAUCCUGGCUGAGGCCAUCCGGCGCAUCCACAACGGAGAGUCCAUGGCCUAUCUGUUCCGCAACAUCGCUGUGGAUGACUGAGGCAACACACACACUUACAUUCCUGCAUACACACACACAUUGAUGACCAAGAAUCAAGUUUACUGCAGUUUCUGCUUUAAUCUGUUGUUUCUCUUUGUUUUCCUGAUAAACAUGUUGACAGAAAUUGGCUUUAUUUACUGUGUUUCAUACAAAGCAAGUCAAACUCUGCUUUAUUCCUCUGAUAUGUUACAUAGUGGGACUGUACAAACAAUGCAAACUAUUUCACUCAACUAAUAUAUGCUUCCUACCACCUGAAAACAUGAAUAGCACAACAUAAUGUAAUGUGUGCAGCCUAUCAGUAUGCUGUAGAGUUUGACAAAUAAAAAUGAUUCUUGGGUGAGUAAA